GGCGCGGGGCGCGGCGCAUGCGCGGCGGCGCCCGUGCCGCUGGCCGUCGCCUGGCUGUGCGGAGCCCUGCGGGCUGGGCGAGGAGGCGGCGGGGCAGUCGCGGGGCUUUCCCGUCCCUGCCUGCCUGCCGCGGCGCCGGGGAUGAGGGGCUCGGCCUCGCGCCGCACCUCCCUGCCCCGAUGAGGCUCCGCCGGAGCAAGUGAGUGACGGGGGCGCCGGGCGGGCGCUGGCGGCCUGGCCUCGGCAGGGAGGAUGUGGUGAGAGGAUGGGGCUGCCUGCGGCCGCGGCUCGCCAUGGCCAGGGAGGACUCGGUGAAGUGCCUGCGCUGCCUGCUCUACGCUCUCAACCUCCUCUUCUGGUUGAUGUCCAUCAGUGUAUUAGGCAUUUCUGCUUGGAUGAGAGACUACUUGAAUAAUGUUCUCACUUUAACUGCAGAAACAAGGGUGGAGGAGGCUGUCAUUUUGACAUAUUUUCCUGUGGUCCAUCCAGUCAUGAUUGCUGUCUGCUGUUUCCUUAUCAUAGUUGGAAUGUUGGGCUACUGCGGGACGGUGAAAAGAAAUCUGUUGCUUCUUAUCUGGCUCGCCUUCUCUCAUUGCUUGUUGACCCAGCUUCUCCUUUCUCUGCUGAAAGGAAUAAGGAACAGGAGAGUCACAGGAAGGAAGGAGCGAAUGAGUAAACAGAACCAGAAAGCCCAGCCAAACCUCUGUGUCUUGUCUGAAAUGCAGUCCAGCCUCACCAGUGAGGCAUGCCUUGAGUCUGUGGUUCGGCUCCAUUCUUGUUGCCACAGACUGAACAUGGAGUGGAUGUCCUAUCAGUACUUUGGAAGCUUGCUAGUAAUAUUCUGUGUUGAACUGGCCUGUGGUGUUUGGACCUAUGAGCAGGAAAUAACGGUUCCAGUGCAGUGGUCUGAUAUGAUCACUCUAAAAGCCAGGAUGACUAAUUAUGGCCUACCUAGAUACCAGUGGCUUAGCCAGGCUUGGAAUUUCUUUCAGAGGGAGUUUAAAUGUUGUGGGGUGGUAUACUUCACAGACUGGCUGGAAAUGACAGAGAUGGACUGGCCUCCUGACUCCUGUUGUGUCAGGGAGUUUCCAGGAUGCUCGAAGCAGGCGCAUCAUGAGGAUCUCAGUGACCUUUAUCAGGAGGGAUGCGGUAAAAAAAUGUACAGCUUUUUGAGGGGGACGAAGCAAUUGCAAGUGCUGCGAUUUCUGGGAAUCUCUAUUGGAGUAACGCAGAUUCUGGCUAUGAUCCUCACGAUUACUUUGCUGUGGGCUCUGUACUAUGACCGAAAGGAUCCUGGGGCAGACCAAAUCAUGUCCCUGAAGAGUGACACUGCACAGCACCUGUCAUGUCAUUCAGUGGAGCUACUGAAACCAAGCAUAACACGGAUCUUUGAACAUACAUCCAUGGCAAACAGCUUUAAUACACAGUUUGAAAUGGAAGAACUCUAGGUGAUACAGUGGAUCGAAGAAGUCGCAAAGAGUUUUAAUCUUUUUUUUCUCCUUUUUGGUGGUGUUUUUAUUCUAUUCCAUGAAGUAGUUUUCUGUCUUUCUGUGCUUCAGAAAAUGGCUGAGGAAUAAUGGAGAAAACACCUGCACAGAAAGAAAGAUGAGCGAAUGUCUGUUUUGCAGCCUCUUAGGACAGCCAUGAAACAGGGAUUUUUUUGCAUUUUAGAAGGCAUUCGUUCACUGGGCACAGUAGUGGUUAACUUAUUGUCACAAGAUGUGUGAUGUAUAAAGUACUGAUUCAUUUGCAGGGAGAUGGACAGAGCUAAUGACAUACUCCUAAGGAAGCACCACCGAAGAGGAAGAAAAAUACUUGUCUUCCAAAGAAAUGACUGUGCUUUGAACAAACAGAAUAUGACUUCCGCUGAAAUAGACUUUUACAUUUUUACUAAGCCAUUUGGAAAAUGUCGUAAAAUAAUCAGGGAUCUUCAUGUAUAUAAAUGUGUGUUUUGUGUGUGCAUGGAUAGCAGAACUACAAUUCAAGUAAAUACUUGGAUUUAAAAAUUUGCAAGAUUUGUUUAAAAAAAGCAAGAUUCUUUUUCUAACAAAAUCUUUAUCUUAGCUAUUGCUGUUAAAGAUGUUCUAAAACUUCUAUUUUUAUCUAACAUAACUGUUUAAUUUUUAAGUUUAAAUUUAUUAAACAGAGAUUAAAAACAAAACUGACUCUGGACAAUAGACUGAUUUUCUGAGUAAUUCUAGAAAAUUCUUCUUUGAAACAGUUUUGUUCUGUGGACUAUUUGUUAGUAUUUAAAAAAAAAAAAAAAAAUUCUUUCCAAACUGGGGAUCAGUAUGGGGAGUAGCACAUUUUUGUCGAUAUAUCCAUUUUUCUAUCCAUGUUUCCCCUCAAAAUAGAAAAAAGACUGCAAGAAAAAUGCUUAUUGUUCUGGAUGCUAUUGCAAUGGUUGUAAAAGUACAGAAGAAGAAAUUAUAGUUUGGCUUGCUCUUCAUUAAGAGCUCUUUAGUGGCUUAAAAUGACACAUGGAAACAGUGUUAAAAUGUAUUUAUUGAGGUGGGAAAAGUGCAUUUUACUGUAUUUUUAUGAACAAUGUUUAUUCUGUAGGAUUAUUUUUACAGUUGGCCGUGCUCCUGAAAAAUGUAUUUGCUCCACUGAGCACAUUAGUUUGUGGCAAAUGGGUUUUUACAUAAUACUGCAUUUUAAAAUUUCUUUCAACUUGUUUUGGAUUUUGUAAAAGGAAAAAGCAGCAAGGUGUGAUUUGGUAGACAAUAAAACUACUGUUGUCUUAAA